CUCAAGAUGGCGUCACUUGUUAUUUGUUUUCUUAUGAUUCAAAUCGUAGCAGGAAAUGAAGAAUAUAGAAGUGAUAGUAUUUUACAUCACUUGAAUACUGGAAUAAAAUUUGCUAAGGAUUUUUUGGGAUCCGAAUCAGUUGCACUCAAAGUUGCUGAUUUUGUUGUUCGUGCCUUUCAACCUAAUAUAUCCUUAAACAAUAAGCGCCCAAAACCUGACAACUCGAAUGAAUAUAAUAAUAAUGAAAAUUAUUCGGAAGAAAAUAAACAUAGUUACAAUACAAAUGAGGUUCCUUAUUCGAUGUCACCAUUGCGUCAUUUGGUACGAUUGCUGGGUCUUCAGCCGAAACAAAUCAGUGCAGUCGCUGUCAACGCACUCAUAUUUGUCGCUCAAAUGAUCACAACGUUCUUGGCAGGGCCUAGACGUACUAACAAACCAUACCGAUCGGAGGAUUUUACGCAAUGGAUUCUUAAUAAAAAUUCAAGAAAACUUCAAGACCUUUUAGCGACAGCUAGAAAUGAUUCUCUGCCAAAUUUGAUAGACGAUCUUAUUCUGGAACAGGAAUCUGAAGAAGAAACUAGUUGUAUUCGACUUUUUGUUUGUAAAAUAACACCAUUUAUAAAUAAAAUGCAAGAAGCGGUUUUUGGUGAGAAAAGAGAUGAUUUUGAUAAAACUCACGGUGCAUCUUUUUUGUAUAGACAUCUACCCACAAACGACGAAUUUCUUGCUAAAAGUGAAAUAUGUGAGGAAAAACACAAAGAAUGUAAACUAUAUGAGUAA